AUGUUGAUUUGGACAAUUGUUAUCGAGACUAGUCAUUUUAAUGGUGGUACCAUCACUUGGGUACCGGUGUAUCCAAACGAUACGUCUUCAUCAAUUCUAAUUACAAUCACACAAUCUUAUUCAUGGGUUUAUCCAACUGUGAACUGUACGACAAAUAUUCCUACAAAUGCUGGCAGCACGAAUUUAAUUUGUGUUGCCAACUGUUCUACAGACGGUGGCUAUACUAGUCAUCCAAUCAGUAUUUUAACCGAUUGUACUUCAUAUAGUACAUCAUUGAAUAUGACAACAAGUGAACGAUCUGUUAAUGUUACACUUAAUCAAGGUGCAUAUUUUUGGAUAUCCAAUAAUGGUUCAGCUUGGAGAAACUUGACAAAUGUUGCAACAACCAAUAAGCCUGACUGGUCAAUUGUUUCUUUGAUUGAUCUUCGACGACGUCCUGAUGGUGUAAUUAACACUCCACCUGUAGGAGAAGUAACUUCUCCUCAGUACGUUGUUUUCAACCAAACAAAUUCAAUCAAAAUAUAUGUAUCAGAUGUUAACAUUGAAGAUUUUAUCAACACAACAAGCAAUCAACCAAUGAGCUCAGUACCUGUGCAAUUCCUAAUUUAUGUAUUACCUACACCAUAUUGCUCCCAAGCACCUCAAAUUCUUCCGUUAACAGGCUGUUUCGAAGUUCAAGUGAAUGUAUCAGUAAAUUUUACUCUUUAUACAAUGAAUUUCUGCAAUAGAACAAAAGUAACUAUUACUGACAUAAUAUUCACAGUAGACAUCAGUGGUAUGCAAGCCAGUAGUCUCGUCAAUUCAACAACGAAUACAUCUCUGGCCUAUGUCACACUAAAUUGGACUCCGCAGACAAAUCAAAUUGGAUCACAGCAAUUUUGUGCAGUGGCUUAUACUAGUGAGAAGGUGCAGUCUAGCUCAUACUGUGCUAAAUUCACUGUAACCACAUCAAAACCUUGUAUAACAACUACAACUACCACAACGACAGACAUAACAAGUACAACAUCCAAAACCACAACAACAACUGAGAGCACAACAACAAGUGCAACAUUAGAAACAACAACAAGUGCGACUUCAGAAACAACGACAACAACAACUUCAGCGACUUCUAUGACAACAACAAGCACAACAUUAGAAACUACAACAGCUACUACAUCGACGCAGACUACAUCAACAACUACGACCACAAUUACUACAACGACUGGUAUAACAGAGACUUCAACAACAGCCACCACUGCAACAACAACAACAACCACCUCUAUAACGUAUGUUACAGAAAAUUAUUCACUUAUUUUCUUUCAUAAUCAGUCAAUUCUAAUCCUAAUUUUAAUUUAUACAAAUAUCAAUUAUUUUAAUCUUGUAACAUGA